GCCCGCCAGCCAGUGACGGCUGGGGCAGGCAGGAGUCAGGGUCCGCGGUAGUCUGCAGCGAGGGCAACUCAUACGCACCGGCAGCUUUCAUCGUGGCAUCAGCUUUGACCGAUGCAACUUAAAAACAACAACCCGGUGGCGAUGGAAAAACGCACGGAUCUGGCUUCGCUGUUCUGCAUGAUCGGCCGUCACGGUCCCGCCGUGGCCGUGGCCGUGAUUGCCAUGGUGUCCGUGGUGGCAGGUUUCAUCAUCUACCGGAGCGUGAAAGGCAAGCGGAGGAAGGCCGAGGCUGGAGCCGGAGACGUGGGCAGCAGCAGCAGCCCCGCAGCGAGGCAGGACGCGUCGCUGCCGCAGCUGGAGAAGGAGCCGAGUCCGGAGUGUGACGCACGCAGCCCGGUGGAAUCAACAGAUGUGGGUGAAGCCGUACCAAAAGCCCGAGUUGCAGGUGGAACUCGGAGUCGACGUAGGCAGAGGAACGGCUGUGGCGCCGCUGAGAAGAAAACUCUGCCUUCCAGUCCACCUAAAAGAGAAGUGGAACCAGAGAAACUGUGCAAUGCCUCACAUGUGGAGGAGACUUCCGGUAUUCCCCUCAAUGUUGAGGGUGACGUUAAAACCCUGCAAGAUGACGGCAGUGAGGCGAAGGCUUUGGAGUUUCAGCAAGAUUACUUUAGUAGCCCUCACACUCCACAUUCAAACAGUGCAGAGGGAGGCUGUAGCAGCUGCUUCGAGCCUGUAGAGGUUCACGAGAGUCUUGGAAAUGAAGAGAAGGUACAAACAUCACUGGAGGAUGAGGUGCCCCGUCAGGAGGAAGGAAAUCCAUGCAGUUUGAACAGCCCGGUUUGCCAUGAUGAAAAUGCUCCAGUGGGUUUAAAUGGAGAUGAAAAACCAAAUGAUCAGGUGGCCUCAGACUCCAUCAGCACAGAGGGUUACUUUGAAAAGCCUACCCUUCACAAGCAUGAGUCCCUUCUGUCUACUGAAAAAGAGCGUGAAAGUUCAGUCCUCGACACCUCUGGCUUCAGUCAGUCAAACACUGCAAACCUAGCCACUGAAAAUAUUCCACUGCAUAACCCUGCAUGUGACCAACCUUUGACUGUGACAAGCCCAACAAUGCCAGCCAGUGACGGUGCAGAUGAACAGAGUCCAAAUGGGGAAGAGACUGAACACAAGAACAGUCUCGGUGAGAUAUUGGUUAACUGUGCUGUGCUGCAGUCUAGCAAAGAGCUGGAACUUGAGCAAGAUGCUUCUACUUGUAGUAAGGAGAACAUUGAGGAUGUCAAAUAUUCAUUUGGUGAAACACAGGAAACCUCAGCUCUGGUGUCCAGUCCUGUCAUACCAUGUUCAAGUUUGUCAGUAAAGCCUGAAACUAUCCAGGAAGAUCAGGUCCUGCCUUCAGCUGGUCUAAAUCAAGAACUCAAAAUUGAAGAUGACAUCACUAAUGAAUUGGUCAAUAAAAGUGCUGCCCCGAUUGAUCUUGCAUGUCCUGAGAGUGAAACUGUUCCCGAAAUUCUGAUUCCUAAAGAAAAUGCAAAAAUACUUCUGUCUUCAGGUGACAGGGAGCCCAAUGCCGUUGGAAGUGAGGCAAGCUCUGAUGCAUCAGCGUCUACAGAGAUGUCUCUUCCUGAUGACUCUUCCUUCCAGAAUCAAAGUGAGCAAUUGCAAAAUGCAGAAAAUCGUGAGGUCCCCAAUGCUUCUGCCCCAGUCAUGGCUGAGAGCAUAGAACCUGAGAUUGGUAAAGACCAGCUGUUACAUGAAAAUCAAAGCAAGUUGACUUGGUGCCUCCCUGACGUCGGUGAAGAGAGUGGAAUUUCAAGCAUGACUGUCAGCCCAGAUCUUCCUGAAGAUGGCGAGUGUUCUUUUACUCAUGAGAACGUGCUCCUCACUGGGGUGGAUGAUCAUCCACAGUCUGAAGACCAGGCUGAACUUCAAACCGCAAUGGGUGAAUCGCCAUCUGUCAUUGUUGAAGACCCAGCAGAUGCAACACUCGACUCUUCUAAUGAUGCACAACACCACAGUGUUAUUAAUGAAGCCAAUGCUUUGUGUACCGUCCAUGAGACUUUGCAUCAUGGGAUUGAAUGUUUCAACACAGCAGGCCAACUCUCAAAAGCUGCACCCACUGACAUAUGUGCAAGUGAAGACCUGGGAAAGAUGGAAUCAAAAAUUGUUAUAAAAGGUAAACUGGAGGAGGAAAGCAAGGAAGCGGACACAACUACAGAAAUCAAUAUUAUGGAGGCAACAAUGGACCACAAUGAAUGGAUCACAGAUGGUACUGAUCAAGACCAUCCAUGGGUGAAGCCAUCUAUUGCUUCGGUUCCCCAAAUCAAUCCAGUGUCUCCAGAAGAAUGUAUCCAAUCCUCCUUUCCUGUCAACACUACUUGCAGAAAUGCUGAUGUACCACCUGUCAAUGAGGAUGAACAACUCAACACAGUUCCUUCUACUGACGAACCCACAGAAACUGGCAAAAGGGUCCUGGCGGUCCAGCCUAUGCCCCAAAAUGUCAGUGUGACCUUCCGGAUCCACUAUCUCACGCACUCUCCAUACCAGAAGGUGGCAAUCACAGGAAACCGUUGGGAGCUAGGGAACUGGAAGGACUUUAUUCCCCUGGAAAAGGCAAAAGAUGGGCUUUGGGCCACUGUGGUCAGCCUUCCUGCAGAGCGGCAUGUGGAGUGGAAGUUUGUGGUUAUGGACAGGGGAGAAGUGUGUCGCUGGGAGGAGUGUGGGAAUCGCUUCUUGGAUACAGGCAAUGGAGAGAACCUUCUUGUGCACAAAUGCUGGGGUUUGUUGUAAGAGGUGUUCAGACGAAGGCUAAAGAGACAAGUGCAGACUAGAUGGGUUGAUAAGCUUAUUGACUGGACCAGGUAAAUUCAAUUCAUUUACUCAUUGAUUCUGAAAUUCUAUCGAACAUUGGCUUUUUUUUUUUUUUUUUUUUUUUGAGUAACAUUUACUGAUAUCUGGGCCAGACGUGGUUCUAAGAUUUACCUAGAUGGCUUGUAAGCAUUAUUUCAAAAUUAAGUUGGUGUAUUUUAGGGCUGAAUCAUUUAUUCUCACACGUUUUCAAUGGAUUGAGUUGCAUUAGGUUACACUUAUACCAUGGGGAGGAUUAUAGCUGUAUGGUCAAGAUUACAGAAUGUUGGCUAUAUAACCACUUUUUUUUAAUUAUCAUGAUACAUUCUGGGUUUGUCCUCUUUUGGUAAAUGGUACAUUUCAACCAUAUUAAGCCCAUGUUAAGUGUUUAAACAAACUCCUGAACCCCUUCUGAAAGGACAUGUUUUAGAAUUAUGUACAAUAACAAUGGUGGGUUUGGCUUGUCUAAACUGGUCAGCUGUGGUGAUAUCUACAAUUAUGCAAACUGUACUUCUAGUGUCUUGGAAGUGCUUUUAGCUUCAGUAUGCUUUCUACAUGCUGUAUAAAUACUUGUGGUGAGAAUAAAUGCACAUAGUUCACUUUCACAACAGCAAUAAUUGUUCUGUAUGCUGCGACUGGUGUUUAAUUCAGGUACAAUGUGUUUACCACUGAACUUCAGAGGUGCAACUGCUUUUUAUUUAAUGGGAUCUUGUGCAUGCACAGCUAUCCCUUGUUCUAUUGGUGUGCCUUUAUUUUUUUGUUUUUUAAAUUCUAUGUAAAGGAAAAUGUCAUUACAACUUUAAUGAUUUGGUGUUACAGUUGUCUGUCUAAGAAUUAAUGUAUUUGAAAUUAAAUAAAACUAAUAUUUUAAAUGUU